AUGCGUCAACCGCCACCUGUCAUUGCCUACGUCGCACCCAACAUCCGCGUGAACGGUGCCCAGCUGCAAGUGGUGGACAACUUCUCGUAUCUGGACAGCACCAAAAUCGACGGUGAAGUGGCCCACCGGAUUUCCCAGGCCAACCAAGCCUUCGGUCGUCUUCAAAACACUGUUUGGAUUCGUUACGGUCUUCAACUCAGCACGAAGCUGAAGAUGUACAAGGUCGCCAUUCUACCGACGUUGCUGUGUGGGAGACUUGGACGGUGUACAUGAAGCAGGCACGUAGACUCAACCACUUACAUCUCAGUUGUCUUCGUCGGAUUCUGAAGCUGAGGUGGCACGACUGGAUUCCCGACACGGAUGUGCUGGAGCGGAUGGGAAUCCUCAGUAUAGAAGAUGAAGAUGCGAUCAAUGGAACAAGAAGUUUAUUUGCCUGACGUUUCGGAUUCUCACUCAGAGACCUUUAUCUGCGAAUGUCUCUGAUGAUGGAUUCGAGUGAGAAUCCGAAACGUCAGGCAAAUAAACUUCUUGUUCCAGUGAUCGCAUCUUCAUCUUCGGAACUGCUAUCUGGAACUCGCCUGUUGGCUUCUAUCAGCAAUCCUCAGUAUCUACGCUAUGCUGAGACAACUGGAACUACGCCGAAGCGGCCACCUCGUGCGGAUGGACGACGAGAGGUAGCCCAAACGACUCUCCUAUGGAGAUGUCGCGACGGGUUCAUGGCGACAAAAGGCCAAAUCCGUCGAUACAAUGACACUCCGAAGACCCCAAUGAAGCGUCUGCAGAUCAAUCCGGCCAACUGGGAAGACCGAGACCGAGACCGACCGAUCUGGAGGAGGACAGCGAAGACAGGAACAGAGAUCUAUGAAACUAACUGCAUCACUGCCGCGAAAACCAAACCCGAGGCUGACAAAUCUCAACUGUGCCCACCUCACAACGCCAACGCCACAGAGCCUCCAACGAGUCCACGGUGUCCACGGACAUUCCAGGAGCCAAUCGGACUUGUUGGACACCUCCGAACCAAUUGCAGCAUCCGGGCUGCACCAACCGUCGCCUCUUCGUCCACCUAA